AUGGAUGGCUCUGCGGAUAGAUACAAAGCUCAAUUGGUUGCCAAAGGGUAUACUCAACAAGCUGGAAUCAAUUUCUCUGAUACUUUUUCUCUAGUGGCCAAGCUUACCACUGUGAGAGUUUUGCUCUGUGUUGUUGCUACUAGAAACUGGUGCCUUCUCCAAUUAGAUGUUAAUAAUGCUUUUUUGAAUGGAGAUUUGUUGGAAGAAGUUUAUAUGGAACUUCCCAAAGGUUACAAGUCAAAAAAUUCUUCCUUGUAUCAUGAGUGCCUUAAGAACCACAUCGUCAAAAUUGGCGGCCACACACUUGAUGGAUGCAUCAAGUUCUUGCCUCUGGGCGAGGAGGGAACCCUGGACGCGCUAAAAUGCCUCGUGUGCAACUGCCACCGAAACUUCCAUCGUAAGGAGACCCCCAAUGACACCUACAUGGUGCCUUACUACCACCACUCGCCGUUGCCGUUGGCAGCGUACAAUGGGGAGCAAGUGGGCUACCCCCGUGUGCAAGGGCAACAAUGCACCACACUGGCACUCCCCUCCAGAUCAAGGGGCAGUGGUGGGGCCCAGUCCUCAAGGGAGGACAUGGAGGCAGUGUCAGACCCAACGAGUGGUGCCACUCCUCAUGGCGGGUCCAGCAAGAAGCGUUUCAGGACUAGGUUCACCCAAGAGCAAAAGGAGAAGAUGUUGGCCUUUGUAGAAAAGCUUGGUCGGAGGAUUCUUAAGCACAAUGAGAGUGAUGUGCAGGAGUUUUGUGCCCAAAGUAGCGUCCAGCCUCAUGUGCUUAAGGUGUGGGUGCACAACAACAAGCACACCUUGGGUAAGAAGCCCUAG